AGUUCUAUGAAUACGGCUAUCUGAUUUUCCGAAAAUGUUAUCUGCGUAAACAAAUUUAAUUUAAUGGUAAAACGUUUUUAGAAAUUGUAUCGACUGAAUGCUGAAAACUGGAUACGUGGACUUCCGCAUAAUACGGUUGAUAUCAUUUUAUCAAGGACAUGCAAACAAAGCUGAUUAUGGUACAGUCACAUGCAUAACUUAGACGAAGUGGAUAUGAAAUAAAGACACGUGAUUUAAAAAAUGAAAAUGGACAUAUUUCUACACUGCAACAAUAAAUGAGUUUUGAUGGCAUCACUUGAUGAUGAAAACAACACAGGGAAGUUAUUUCCGCUUCCAAUAUAUUAUGAAAAUGAUGGUUUGUCAACAGAAGCUAGUAUUCAAGGAGAAGAAGGAGGUCGAGGCCGAGGACGAGGUCGGCCGCCAUUGGCAAGCAGAGGUCGAUCACGUGGCCGCAUGGGAGAUAACUUCAGUGAUGAUAGACCAAAACCAAACAAUGAAACAGAUGAGACUAAUGCAACAAGUGGGACGAAAAGGCAACAUCGAGGAAAUCUCUCACAUCGUGGUCGCGUGAGAGGCGGCAGACGCGGAGGUACAUCGUGUGAACGUCCCCGCAGGAGCAAAGAUGGAGAGUUUGACCUACAAAACAAUGAAGCACAGAGUGCUAGAGGAAGAAGGCCUGCAUCACAUGAUAGACGACCAAGGGAUGAGAAACCACCUCCAAAUGAUUCUGACUCGGACAGUGGUACAACACAAUCGGUAAAAUCUAAUAGCAUUAAAAAGCCCUCUAAUUUUAGAGGAAAUGUUAUCAAGUUUUCACAGAGGGACAACCCUGAUGAAGUUCUUUUAGAUAUGGUUCACUCCCGUAGUGGAUUUGUUGAAUUUAUCCGUAAAACGCCAGAACCGAGGUUAAUAUAUCAUGUAAUACUUUUGUUGUGCAAGAUAUCCGAAUCCACUAUGUUGGCAUAUCGAAGGCAAAUACUUGAAGAAGUUGAAAAAAGUUUUCUUCACAAUUUAACUGAUUUGCUCAACAAUAUAAGUAUGAAAGAUAAAAGCACCCAGUCCCUGUGGAGUUUUGAUGAUAACCUGAUCAGAUUUUUGAGUAACGUGUCAAAAUUAAUAAGCGUUAUCAUCACAACUUUACCGUCAUCAUUGAGCAAAUGCAAGAGUGUGAUAACUGCAUUAAAAGAGGUAAGAGAUGAACAUAAUGUAGAUGGUUUUGAAGAUGCACUGAAAGAUGUCGAGGAAAUUUUCAAAAGGGAAAAGGAAGCAAGGCAAAAGACAGAAGAAGCACGUGAAUCAAGAAAAGUAAGGAAAGUAAACUUAGGUGGUAUAUUACCGGACUUUGAGGAUAUGGGACCACCCCCGGACAACUUUCGAGAUAUGUCAAUUUUUCCAACUUUAGGAGAUUUGCAAAUAGAUGAAAAACCUUUCCUCAGAGCCAAUAAAGCAAAGGGCAAGUACGAUGAUUUGGACACGUACCUUGAUAUCCAGUUUCGGCUACUUAGAGAAGACUAUGUUCAGCCUCUUAGAAAAGGUGUUACUGAGUACAGAAAUUGUAUCAAAGAGGGAAUACAAGUGAAACGACUACGGGACAUUCGUCUCUACCAUUCUGUUCAAAUAUUGCGACCAGUUUGCUCAGGCAGAGGAAUCAACCAUAUACUUCAGUUCGAUAUAACAUAUUUUAAGAAGAUGAACUGGACUUCAUCAAGGAGACUUCUGUAUGGUUCACUUGUUUGCCUGUCAAAAGAUAAUUUUGAGAACGUCUUUUACGCCACAGUAACUGAGAGAGAUGCCAAAGAAUUGAGUGAUGGGUACAUUCAAGUGUAUUUUGAAAAUAAAGAAGAUAUGCUUCAGAUUCUUCCAAAUGAUGUAUUUGUAAUGGCAGAAACAACAGCUUAUUUUGAAGCAUUCCGAUAUGUUCUAGAGGGUUUGCAAGAAAUGGAUGAUAAAAUGCCUCUGCAACGUUACCUCAUCGAUUGUGAAACUACCCUGAAACCACCCAAGUACUUGCUUCAUGCUGGAGGACCAAAAUACGACUUUACUUGCCUAUUAAAGGAAGAAGAAGCAAUUUCAAAAUUUCCGGUGCUUAACACACCACUAUGGCCAUCGGCAACGGAUCUUGGAUUAGAUUCAUCGCAGUAUGAGGCAAUACAGAGAGCUAUUACAAAAGAACUAGCAAUUAUCCAGGGACCACCAGGAACUGGGAAAACAUAUGUAGGGCUGAAAAUCACACAACUGCUUCUCAACAAUACCAGCUACUGGAAAAACAAACAAGAGUGCCCAAUAUUAGUCGUUUGUUAUACCAACCAUGCAUUAGAUCAGUUUCUUGAAGGAAUCAGUCAGUUUACUGAUGGGAAGAUAGUUCGCAUUGGUGGAAGAUGUAAGUCAGACACACUGCAACCCUUCAUUUUACGGAACAUCAAACAAAGUAGGAAGGAAAACAGAGAAAGAUCGUUCCGUGUUAUGCAGAGCGAAAGAGACUGUAGAAGUCAACUGCGAGAAAGUGAACGCAAAAUUGAACAUAUAAGUACGCAGCUGAAGAAGACUUCAGCCAAAAUAAUUUCAUUCUCACACCUAAGUCAGUUUAUGACAGAUCGACAGAAAGUAGCUUUUGAAGUUGGUAGAGCCGAAGAAUCAUUGAAAGACUGCUUAUCUGAAUGGCUUGGAGUUGUUGGUAAGCAUAGUGUUACAGAAAGUGAGAAUGGUACAGAGGGAGAUAAAUUUAGGCGUGUUUGGAAACUGGCCAUACUUGAAAAUGUUAUUGAGCUCCCUAAUCAUGAACAGAAUUCAGUAAUUGACGUUUGGGAUCUUGAUCUUGGUAGACGUGCGGAAAUUUACAAAUCAUGGAUCUCGGAGUUGACCGAAAACAUCCGACAUCAGCUACACAGUGUAACAGGAUCAGGUGAUCAGACAGAUGAUAAAACAAACUAUCUUCGCACUCUUGUUUACAAAGUACAUGAAACGAUACUUGAUGUAGAAAUAUUGCUGAAACAUGUGACAAAAUAUAUCACUCGUCAACAAGUCUACACGCUUAUUGCUGGCAAAGUUGUUUCAACUGACUUAGUCAUGAUGCAUUGGCUGAAACUGACAGGAAAGAAAAAGGAUAUACCUUCCAUACGAAAUGCUCUGGAAAACAUUGCAGACAAUGACGGUGGUCACAAUCAGAAUGAAGAAAUCAAAAGUGACGAUGACGAUGAAGACUUAGAAGAACAACGGCAGCUGGAUGAAGAUGACGAUUUUCUGUACGAUUUUGAUAAAACAGAAAGAAAGAAAAAGCCAAAACCUAUCAAAAAUGAUGGAGAAUGGCUUGUGAAGUUUGAUGAGAGGAAAAUGGCGCACAAGAUUAGAAAUUUGUUGAACUCGGCAAAGAAAUUUACUACUGAGAAGGCAGACGCGUUAGAAGAUAUGUGGAGACUGCAAGCAAAUCAACGCCGUGAUCUUUAUUGUUACUGGGUACAGAUGUAUCGGCAAAAGUUAAAAGCUGACGUGAAAACCCAUGAAGAAGAGUUUAAUAAAGCAACUGAAAAACUUGGAGAAGUAAGAGACAUGGAAACGCUUGAGAUAUUAAAAGAAGCUGACAUUAUGGGGAUGACAACAACAGGAGCGGCAAAAUAUAGGAAACUUCUCCAGUCAGUACUUCCUAAAAUAAUAAUAGUGGAAGAAGCCGCAGAAGUACUAGAAUCACAUAUUGUGACAACACUAAAUUCAAAUUGCCAACACCUUAUACUUAUAGGUGACCACAAACAACUGCGACCAUCUACAACUGUUUAUGAACUUUCAAAGAAAUAUAGUAUGGACGUUUCUCUUUUUGAAAGAAUGGUACGAAAUGAUGUUCCAUGUGUGACUUUGCAGGAGCAGCACAGAAUGAGACCAAACAUUUCAUCAUUGUUGAGACAUAAAAGUCUUUACCCUCAACUCAGAGAUCAUGAAAACGUUCUUAAGUAUGACAAUAUAAAGGGGGUCGAUGAAAAUGUCCAAUUUAUUGACCACGAGGAGCCGGAAGCAACACAAGAAGAUUCUACAAGCUACUCAAACCCUCAUGAAGCAAAAUUUAUAGCUGCAAUGUGCCUAUACUUUCUAAACCAGGGUUAUGCACCAGAGCAGAUCACAGUUAUCACACCUUAUAUGGGUCAAGUAUUACUGUUGCGCAGGGAAAUGCCAAAGGCAACUUUUGAGGGUGUACGAAUUACAGCGGUUGAUAAUUUCCAAGGUGAAGAAAAUGAUAUAAUUUUACUGUCACUGGUACGCAGUAGUUCAUAUGUUGAAAGAAGAAAAAGAGGAAGAAAUAUGAUAGGGUUCGUUGGCAUCGAGAACAGAAUAUGUGUUUCCCUGUCUAGGGCAAAGAAAGGACUUUACGUUCUUGGCAAUUUUAAAUUGUUGGAAGAAAACAGUUCAAUGUGGUCAGACAUGGUACAUGAUAUGAGGAAUAAAGGUCUUGUGAAAAGUAGCGUAACGUUGCGCUGCCAGAAUCAUUCGGAACAAACUGUGUAUGCCGAAAAAGCAUCAGACUUUGAAAAGGUACCAAACGGGGGUUGCAAAAAGCCAUGCGAUGGAAAACUUCCAUGCGGACAUAGAUGUCCAAAGAGUUGUCACGUGAUCGACAGCGAUCAUAAGAAGGCUUCAUGUGUGAUGCCUUGUAAUAAAGUUGUGUGUGAACAGGGUCAUAAAUGUACACAACAAUGUUGGCAAAAGUGCGGGAAGUGCAACACGUUUGUAGAGAAGAAAAUACCUAUGUGUGAUCACAAAGCAAGAAUGCCCUGUCACAUGGACCCAUUCCAGUGGAAAUGCAAGGUGUCUUGUGACUUCCUCUUACCUUGUGGACAUCCCUGUAACAAAACAUGUCAUGACUGUGUCUCAACUAAGAAGCAUGAAAACGUUUGCCAAAAAGAAGUCACGAAAUUUUUGCCAUGCAAACAUACUGCAAAAAUGAAGUGUUUUGAGAAUGUUAGUGCGUUUGUAUGUAAAACACCUUGUAAUGAAGUACUGAAUUGCAAACAUAAAUGUUCGGGAACAUGUGGUACAUGUUUUUAUGGGAGGAUACACAAAGGCUGUAAAGGAACAUGUCGAAAACGCUUACCUUGUGGACAUGAAUGUACAUACCCGUGCAGUGACUUUUGUCCGCCUUGCCGUAAGCCGUGUGGAUGGAUGUGCUCACAUGGAUUGCUUUGCAAAAGGAAAUGUUGGGAAGAAUGUGAACAGUGCAGAGAUAAAUGCAACUACAAAUGUAAGCACAAUGCGUGUGAACAAGAAUGUUACGAAGAAUGCCGAGAUGACCCCUGUGAGGAACGCUGCAUGAGGAAACUAAAAUGUGGACAUUUGUGUAGUGGACUUUGUGGCGAAACGUGUAUAUGCAUCAUGUGUCAAAGUGAUUAUUUACGUAAUGAUAUUGGCGAAACGUUUGACAGUGGUUCAAGAUUUAUUCAACUUCCUAACUGUAACUGUAUAUUUGAGGUCCAUCGCCUUGAGUUAAACUUGGAGCGCGAAACAAGUUCCCGGCAUGGAGACCUGUGUAAACACUGUCCACAUUGUUCCAAACCUAUCACAAAAGAUUUGAAACGGUAUACAAAUAUCUUGAAGCGAGCUCGAGCGAAAAUUUCCGAUAAGUUUCAGUCUUUUGUUGGUUCUGUGAAUGACAGAAAGAGGGAAAUAUUGAAGAUAACUCGAGAGUUCCAAUCACUGAAAAGUUGUGGUCUUACUGACCAAGAAAUAAAACGUCUACUGAUUCAAAUAGACAAUCCUAAUAACUUUGGUGCUUUGCACAUCGCGACAAGAAAAGUGGAGAAGCUAAAGCAAUUCUUACCUAUCUACAAUGAUGUAAAAAAUGUCGAGUCUUCGGGAAUAGCAUUCACACAAGCACCGGAAAUAGAAAAUCUGGUUAAUCCACAACUUCUACGAGAUAUGUUAAUAGAAGGACGAAAGUUAACGACAAAACAGUUUUGGGAUGAAGUAGGGAUGGAAAUAGAAAGACUUCGCCUAGUGAUGGAUCUGUUCCUUUUGCGAGAGUACUUCAUUCUUAAACAAAAAGAUAACAGUAAACUAAACACACUGUUUCAGCUCGUGUUUGAAGUUCUGUCAAACAAAAUGCUAAACGGGGAGGUGUUACUUGCAUUGAAAUCAGCACGAGAAACACUUCAAAGUUUACGAGUUAAAGACGAGUUAGAUGAAAGUAUCGUCACACAACUUACAGUUCGGUUGUUGUAUUUUAAGCCUGAUGGGAAACAAAACAGAUCGGACGACAGAACUGAAACCGCUACAGGUACAUUUCACAAAAACACACACGAUGCCCAGUUUGACAAAAAGACGGGGCAAGAAGCGAACAGAGAAGAUGUUGUUAAUUCAACUCCUCAAGUAUUGCGUCUUAAAUCGUCAAAACGGAAAACGGAUGAUUUUGUAAGUACAUCGUCUGUAAAGAAUCUGUCUGAGAUAUCUGAACAUGCUUGCACCGAAACGUCCCGAGAGGCCUUUUAUUCACCGACUCAUUUAACUGAAGGAGCAGGUGGACAUACAUUGAAAAAUUCGUCUGCGUUCGAAAUGUCUCUAGGGUCUGAUUCGGUCGAACCUGUGAAAGUUACAACACACAGUUGUACAGACAAACAUUCCAUUGAAUUAUCUUCUGAUUUCGAGGUUGUUUACGAGAACGACUUUAGCACAGAAGUUUGAAUAUGAUUAAUAAUUCGGUGUUCAAAAUGAACGUUCAGAUUUUUCACUUUAAAUCUAUUUAGAAUUUCUUUAGUCAUACAAAGAUCUUGAUUUAAACAAUCUGAAUAUCGAAUUUACUCAGUUCACAAAACUCAAGUCAUGUGACUGAUGUGUUUUAAUUAACUUUACAAGUUUAUGAAAUUAGAUGACAAACGUAUCACAAAGCAUUUGAGUAACGAACUUUGAUUUGUAGAUCCUAAUGUUUCGUUGCUGUAGAAUAAACAGAUGUAUGUUGCAUAAUUUAAAUCUUCUUAAAAUAAGAACGCCCUAAUGCUAUUAAAAAUAUUGAAUGAAUAUUCAAAUGAAACUGCAAUGGAGUUGUGUCAAAAAAUAACUUUACUAUCAUCUUAAUCAUACUAUUAGUCAGUAAGGUAUAUUGCUAUAGUAGUUCUGUGAUGACUUAAGCAUAAAGUGCUCAUGAUGAGCUUUUAGGAUCGUUUUAUGCUUGCCGUUCAUCCCUCUGUCGUCCACAAUUUUAAUAACGAGGAUCUCCUCCUAAAUCACCAAGCGAGUAUGAAUCAGACUCUGCAGGAAUGUUCUUUCGAUGAACCGCUUGCAAAUUCCUUAAAGGUCCAAUACUAAGGAAAGUGAACAUUUUAAUUUCUUUUAAAAAGCACAGAAACUAUUUCAUUUUAUUGGAAAAUGAAAGUUGGUAUGUAGAAAUUCGAAAUAAAUCGCAGUAUAUGUACAAUUAUUUUUCUAUGAAGUAUGAAGAAAGUUAAAAAGACCUGGGGGGUCAUUCUGUCGAUUCAUUGAAAUUUCAACAUAAUACACAUACAUUUUUUUGAGUUCCAAAGACCUUCUGUAAAUUUUGACCUGCCAAUCUUCAUUAUUUAGUGUCUUGCAGAAGUCUAUGCACUGGCUAUGAAAAAAAUUGCCAACUCACUUUCCCUUAGUAAUGGACCUUUAACAUCUAGUUCAUCAAUGCAAAAUUCUGGCUGGCUGCCGUAGUAACCAAAAGGAAUGUCAAAACAUUUUUGCGAUUGUACAAUACAUCUCUUUCCUCUUGCACGAAAACUUCGGAACGGCAUACAAUUUUAUGUUACUAACAUAAUCUUGUAUCAUGAGUAUAUUACCUUUCGCAUUUCUUUUAGACUUUUAUGUUUCAUAUGCGAACACUGGUAUUUACAUUGAUUACAUAAAAAGAUAAUGUACUUUCUGACCAUGAUGUUUAGCCAAUUUUGCGUUAGAAAGGCUAUUGUUUAUUUCGAGGGAUGGUAUUCAUACAGAUUUAUUUAUAUAAUACCAAUGUUUUUAUGUAUCUAUGAUUCUGCUGAAUUGACUGAUGUUGUUGCUCUGUACUGUGUGACUUAAAUAUGUAACUAUUGAAAAUGAGACAGAUUACUAAAUUACAAAUCAAUAGACUAGAUUGUAUUCUGAGAGUAGAUGAUUGUUAUGGAAUUGUUUGUAUCUGUUUUAUAGUUCCACUUUUGUGCGUAUUCGAUUUUUGUGCACAUAAUAAUAGAUGACAAAUAUUAUGUCUCUGUAGCAAUUUGUAUUUCCACAAUAUAGAUAUUGUAAUUUCUUUUUAAUUGUAUACUUAAAAGGUAUAUCAUCAUCUUCCACUGAAUUUUAUCAUGAAUGUAGGAAAUCCUAAUCAAAUGUAUGUAACCUUGCUAAUAAUAUGUAGUGCUACGCAAUGAAGUAAAUUGAUUUGCUUAAAGUUUGUUAGUUUUUGUACUAAUUCGCAAUUUGGCGUUUUAUAAAUUUAUUAAGCGCAUUGUUGUUACCUUACGUGCACCAUUGUUUGUGUACAUAAAUAUGUUAAUUUUAUUUUCAUGCCCCCGGCAUCUACUGAUGCGGGAGGCAUAUAGUGAUUGUCCUGUCCGUCCAUUCGUCCUUACGAGGCUAACCAAAUGGAACCGUUUCUUCUAGCAUCAAUACCUCUUACUAGAAUGACUUGAUACUAAUGCAGAUGUAACCUGUGACCAUUCCUCAUCUUCAGACAUGACCUGACCUCAGUUUGACCUUGAACUUGAGCUCGUUUUGGAGGUUGCUUUGUAUCGACAAGGAUGCCAUCGGAGGCAUCAAGCGUUUAUUGAACGCAGCUCCUUGUUGUUUUUAGUUUGUUUUGUUUUCAAAGAUGACGUUUGAAUAAAUGUUCCUUUAACACAUUUUAUUAUUCAUUUUUUAGUUUAAAUAUCAUUCAUUUUCGAAUACUGAAUUAAAAGUAUAAUGAUAGGAUACAGAUUACUGACUUAAUUUGUUAUAUACAUGUUUGUUUCAACUCGUGAAUCACUUCAAGUGUAAUGGUAGUUUCUUAAGAAUAUGUCAGCUUUAACACACGAAACAUGACACUUUAAUAUUUACCCUGCUAAAUUUCUUUAAUGGACUGGUCCAUCAUUCAACCUGGGCAUUACCAUUUAUGAUUCAAAGGGGUAUUCACUGAAAAAUUAUUGACUGAAUAGCGAACAGUGCAGACCAUGAUCAGACUGCAUGGAUGCGCAGGAUGAUCUUGGUCUGCAGUGGUCGGAAAGACAGAAUCACUUGCCGCAAGCAGGCUAAGGGUUAAGCUUCGUUGUGUUUUUCUUAUUCUACAAAACAAUAAGCAUGUUUAUUUCACGUUUUCCAGUGUGAGUUUUGUCUUCGUGGAAAAUAACUUUAUUCAGAUAUUUCAAAAAUUCAUAAGUCAAUUUGUGUGAAUACAUGUUAAAUUAUUUUCUGAUGUAGUGAAAUUUCAAUCAAAAUUAUUGGCUUGUGACUAAAAAUAGCUUAUGUUAGGAAAGUGUAAUAACAUACUGCAGAAUGAUGUUUUGUAGAGUUCUUAGUAUGUGUUUUUUCUAGCUCACCAGAGUACAAAGUGCUCAAGGUGAGCUAUAGUGACCGGUCAUAGUCCGGCGUCCGUCGGCAUACGUCGUCUGUCGUGCGUCAACAUUUGCCUUGUGGACACUGUAGAGGCCACAUUUGUGGCCCAAUCUUUAUGAAACUUGGUCAGAAUGUUAGUUUUAAUGAUCUCUAGGUCAGGUUUGAAACUGGGUCAUGUUGGAUCAAACACUAGGUCAUUAGGCCAGAUCAAAGGAAAAGCUUGUAAACACUCUAGAGGCCACGUUUGUUAUCCAGUCUUACUGAAACUUGGUAAGAAUGUUUGAUCUCUAGGUCAAGGUCGAAGCUGGGUCAUGUUGGGUCAGAAACUAGGUCAGGAGGCCAGAUCAAAGGAAAAGCUUGUAAACACUCUAGAGGCCACUUUUGUGACCGAAUCAUUAUGAAACUUGGUCAGAAUGUUUGUCUUGAUGAUCUCUAGGAAAUUUACGAAACUGGGUCUUGUGAGGUCAAAAACUAGGUCAGUAGGCCGGAUCAAAGGAAAAGAUUGUGAACAUUCUAGAGGCAACAUUUAUGACCCAAUCUUUAUGAAACUUGUUUAGAAUGUAAGUCUUGAUGAUCUCUAGUUAAGUUCGAAACUGGGUCAUUUGUUUUCAAAAACUAGGCCAGAUCAAAAGAAAUGCUUGUGAACACUCCAGAGGCCACAUUUGUGACCCAGUCUUUAUGAAACUUGGUCAGAAUGUUUGUCUUGAUGAUCUGUAGGUGAAGUUUGAAACUGGAUCAUGUGGGGUAAAAAACUAGGUCAGUAGGCCAGAUCAAAGGAAAAGCUUGUGAACACUCUUAGAGACCACAUUUGUGACCCAAUCUUUAUGAAACUUGGUCAGAAUGUUUGUCUUGAUGAUCUCUAGGUUCUGUUUUGAUCUGGAUCAUUUGGGGUUUAAAACUAGGUCACAUGGUCAAAUCAAAGGAUAGGUUUUUGAACACUCUAUAUAGCUAAAGGCAACAGUUGUGAAACAAUCUAUAUGAAACUUAGUCAGUAUGUUUGUCUUGAUGAUCUUUAGGUUGAGUUCAAAACUGGGUCAUUUGGGGUCAAAAACUAGGUCAGUAGGUCAGAUAAACUCUGAUGAGCGAUAUAGGGCCAUCAUUGCCCCAUGUUUUAAUCUCAAAAAUGAUUUUUUAUAAUUUUAAACUGCGUAUUUUUUUCUCAAUAGCUUAUCGAAAUUGUUCGAUUCGAUUGUUGUUGUAAAUGUCAUACUAUUUAUCCUGUAUGUUUCUGGUUUACUUUCCGUCAAAAGAAAUUUGCACCCGGUGUUGUUAUAUGUUCUGGUUCUUUGGGAUCUUUGAGUCAUUCAAAUAUGUUUGAUGUAGCGUGUGAUUUCAUUACCUCCCCUGAACAGACACAGUCAAACCGAGUGUGCUCAUAAUUUGCGUUGGAUAUAGUUAACAUGUCAAAUUAUUAUAAUGUAUAAAUUGAUAUUAAUAACAUUCAAUUGGAAGAUUAACAAUACCUGUAUGUUUAAAGUUUAAAACUGCACGAAGGUGCUGAUACAUAUAUAUUACUAUUUACUAAUGUUUAAAAUGACAUUUCCACGAAAAAGUUAUGCCAGAAUCUGAAAAGGCAGUUAUUGUAUCCAAAGGUGUAUGCAACUUGUACACAAGUUUGUCAUCGUUUAAUGAGAGUGUAAUAAAAUAUUAUUUACGUUUACCAGAAAGUUCACCAGUUGUUUUAUUUGUUUCAUUGUAGAUGGUUCAUUUAAAAAAAAAGUUUUAUUUUGAAAAUUUAUGAAAUGAAUGUAUAAAGCAUAGAGACAUAUGCCAUUUCGAAAGGACACUUUUAAUUUUACACUGACAUUCUUAUAGAAAAAAAGUAAAAUUAGCGAAACUAUUGCUUUUUAGCUCACCUGUCACAAAGUGACAAGGUGAGCUUUUGUGAUCGCGCAGCGUCCGUCGUCCGUGCGUCCGUCCGUUAGUGCGUUAGUCCGUCCGUAAACUUUUGCUUUUGACCAUUCUAGAGGUUAUAUUUUUCACGGGGUCUUUAUGAAAAUUAGUCAGAAUGUUCAUCUUGAUGAUAUCUAGGUUAAGUUCGAAACUGGGUCAUGUGCGGUCAAAAACUAGGUCAGUAGGUCUAAAAAUAGAAAAACUUGUGAACUCUAUAGGCCAUAUUUUUCAAAAGAUCUUCAUGAAAAUUGGUCAGGAUGUUUAUUUUGAUGAUAUCUAGGUCAAGUUUGAAACUGGGUCACGUGCGGUCAAAAACUAGGUCAGUAGGUCUAAAAAUAGAAAAACCUUGUGACCUCUCUAGAGGCCAUAUUUUUCAUAAGAUCUUCAUGAAAAUUGGUCAGAAUGCUCAACUUGAUGAUAUCUAGGUCAAAUUUGAAACUGGGUCAUGUGCCGUCAAAAACUAGGUCAGUAGGUCAAAUAAUAGAAAAUCAUUGUGACCUCUCUAGAGGCCAAAUUUUUCAUGGUAUAUGUAUGAAAGUUGGUCGGAAUGUUCAACGUGAUGAUAUCUAGGUCAGGUUUGAAACUGGGUCACGUGCCCUUAAUAACUAGGUCAGUAGGUCAAAUAAUAAAAAAAUCUUGUGACCUCUCUAGAGGCCAUAUUUUUCAUGGGAUCUGUAUGAAAUUUGGUCUGAAUAUUUAUCUUGAUGAUAUCUAGCUCAAGUUCGAAACUGGGUCAACUGUGGUCAAAAACUAGGUCAGUAGGUCUAAAAAUAGAAAAACCUUGUGACCUCUCUAGCGGCCAUACUUUUGAAAGGAUUUUCAUGAAAAUUGGUCAGAUUGUUCACCUUGAUGAUGUCUAGGUCAGAUUCGAAACUGGGCCAUGUGCCAUCAAAAACUAGGUCAGUAGGUCAAAUAAUAAAAAACCUUGUGACCUCUCUAGAGGCAAUAUUUUUCAAUGGGUCUUCAUGAAAAUUGGUCAGAAUUUUUAUCUUGAUGAUAUCUAGGUCAGAUUCAAAACUGGGUCACAUGAGCUCAAAAACUAGGUCACUAUGUCAAAUAAUAGAAAAAACGACGUCGUACUCAGUUCAAAACUGGGUCAUGUGGGGACAGGUGAGCGAUUCAGGACCAUCAUGGUCCUCUUGUAUUAUUUAUCAUAUACCAAUUAACGAUAUACUAAAUGUUAUGCUACCAUUCACGGAGAAAUGUUUUGUGCAGAUUGUCGAUAUAAGUAUAUUUAGAAUUUUAUCACUUGACUGAAAUUAUUUUUACACAUAUUUAGACAGACUCUAUUAUAAUUAACUACCCGCAGUGUGUGUUAGGUAUUGUUGGAGCACAUACUUUUACUGCGUUAAUAACGCGUUCUUAUGACAUGUAUGUAUUUUCAUAGAUAAAUCAUUGCAAUUUCUUUAAAUUUAUGUGCUUUGAUUUUUCUUCUUUGUAUUGUAAAAAUUUGGAAUGUGAUUUAUAAUCGAACAUUGAAAUGCAAAGUUGAUUUGAUUUAAGUAUAGCUUUAUAUUACAUUUGUAACAUACAUUUGUUUUGUUUGAACGUUUGUAUCAUUUUGCAUCUUGUGGUACUUGCUUAUGUAUAUAAGCUUAACAACACAGAUGUAACGAAUCAUUUAAGAUAACAUAACAUCCCUCCUUUCUUCUUUUGUGUGUGGGUGCACUUAAAGUUGUCCUUGUCUGUCCUCUGGCUGUCUUUGCCUUAGUCAAAAUGUGUAUAAAAGGGUAUAAAACUUUGUGUCGUAGCCUACAUAUCUUAAACAUUUGACACAGAAUCAGGAAACAUCAUAGUAGUAUUAUUAAGCCUGUGAAGUUGUGCACAUUGGAUUUUAUUUCAGAAUUUUGUCAGUCAUGUCAGAAUAAUGGCCCUCAAACUCAGAAAUAUGCAUAAAGGGCAUAUAACUUUGUAUCGCAUGUAUCUAAAAAGUAUUUUGCUUAGAGUCAUUCAACAUUUGGGGAUUGUUAGCAUGUGAGCCAGAGUUAUUGCCAAUGAUUUUGUAAAGUGCUUAAAAGUUUGUUUUGCAUGUAUCAUAAAAUAUUUUUCACCUAGAGUCAUCAUAUCAUGUGUUUUUUCCAUUUCACUUUGCAAGACUAGAGUUUUGGCCCUUGACUUAAUCAAGUUCCAUGUAUAUCAAAAUGUACUUGAGAUAAGGUCAUAAAACUUAAGAGAAGUUUUGCAUCUGGUGUUCUCUUUUGUGAUUUCGCUUAGCGAUUCAGAGUUAUGGUCCUUUACGCAGUGAAAAUUACGCAUGAAAUGCUUAAGAGUUAGUGUUGCAUAUGUCUUGAAAUAUUUUAACCUAGAGUCAUGAAAUCAUGUACAAUAACAGGAGUGGUGGCACCAGCGCCCUAUGGACACACAUUUAAUGUUUACUUGAUAUGGGAAAACAUUGCUAUCGUGGUGUCAAUGACCUUUCAGUUAAUAUAUUCUAAUUUCAUCCGUGUUAAGUAAUUGGCUCACCCAAAUAAUAACAUAAACAAGUUUUUUUAUCGAUCUUCGCAACUGAGGAUUUUUACUUAAGAAAUAUGAACCGUUUAGAUUCGAUGAGAUUUUUUUCUUGAUAAUAAAGAAAUGAUCACGUUCAUUUCACUUUUUCAACGUAAAUGUAUUUUUAGAUAGAUAGAUAGAUAGAUAGAUAGUGAAAAAAUGUUGAAAACAAAUGUUUUGUGUUAAAUUUAUAACUUUCUGCACUGUUAGUUUAAAAGUUUAUCUUCAUUAGUGUAUUGCAAAACAGAGCUAGUUUUAUUAUUUACUUAUCAAGAUUGCAGUAUUGCAAUUUGAAUUGCACAUGUUUGUAAUAUUUUGUUGGGUAUAAAUAAAACACAUAAAAAUAAAGGAAAAUUUGAA